AUGCUAAAGAUAAGAAAAAAAUACCAACAAUCCUGCCUGCCUACCUGCCUAUCUAUCUAUCUAUCUAUCUAUCUAUCUAUCUAUCUAUCUAUCUAUCUAAAUAUAUUCAAAUCUAUCUAUCUCAAUCUGAUCAUAUUUGUUCAUUAUCUAUCUAUCUAUCUAAAACGAGUUUUAAAACAUAAAAUAAAAAAAACACGAAAAUCUAUCUAUCUAUCUAUCUAUCUAUCUAUCUAUCUAUCUAUCUAUCUAUCUAUCUACGUGCAUUGGUGCCUGCUUGAAAAGCUAUCGAUUUGUUUGAUAUCUAUCGUAGAUCUUUUUCCUUGUUAUAUCUAUCUAUCUAUCUAUCUAUCUAUCUAUCUAUCUAUCUAUCUAUCUAUCUAUCCAUCUUAUGCAAACGCGCGCGCGUACACACACACAUACAAUCUCACCGACGCCUGCCUAUCUAUCUAUCUAUCUAUCUAUCUAUCUAUCUAUCUAUCUAUCUACAAUAAAAUAUGUAUCAAAUAUCAUGAUUUCUUUCUCUCGAGAUUUCAAUAG